AUGAAUGGCCCUGCAUAUAUUACAACAAUUCAAGAUGCAUUACCAAUGUUUAUUGGUAAUGCAUUUGAUACAGUAAAUGAUAAUUGGAUUAAUAUGCAAGACAACGCACCACCUCAUACAUACAAAUAUUCAAUGAAGUGGUUCAAAUAUAAUAAUAUUAAUGUUUUAAAAUGGCCAGCCAGUUCAUCUGACCUAAACGCCAUCGAUUCUAUGGAUAAAAAUAUUAAGAAAAUGCAUACGAACAAACAUAGAACAAUUAUAAACGAUGACUCAAGAUUUGUGGAUUGGUGUUCUACAAUACAGUGUCAGAAAUUUGUCAAUUCAAUGCUACGGCGUGUGAAACAGUGUAUCUUAGCUCGUGUGGAAAAGCGGAUUCAAAAUCAUAGCUUUCCUUCAAUGAAUCAUCAAACUGAACAUGGUUCUUGGCUAAAAGUAAGUUUUCCGAAAGCCGCUAGAAGGAUAUUUGAAAGGAUUUAGUAAGAUACUAAACCAUUCUAUAUACCAUUCUAUAAACCCUUUUGAAAGAUUUAUGAAAGGGUUUACUAUUCUACGUUAUUUUUACAGUGUGGUUGAGAGAGGCUCUUUGUUAAAGUUUGAGCGAUUCGUCGUUGGAUUCGGUAGCCAGUCUUUUGGAAGUGAUGAGGACGUUUGUUGUUCAGAAUGAGUGAUACAGUGUUUUAUUUUUUAUUACUGUUUGAUGGUAGGAUUGAUUUUCAGUGGGAUGGAAAGUAUUUCAAGUGGGCUUUCCUUCUGUGUCGGGUAGAACUGGUUGUCUAUGAAAGGCAACAUGGGAAACCGGUCGGUGAGCGGUGGGUUAUCAUUUGCCUCAAAUUGAAAUCCCCAAAUCGAUCCCCCCAAAAAAAUCCCCGAUUUGCGGAUGAUAAAACAAUUCUGGUAACCAAAUGCGGAUUUUAAUUUGGGG